GCAGUAUUCGAAUUUAAGAAAAAGGAAAAAAGCAAGAUGUAUUAUCUACAAAUUAUUCUUUUAUCCUGUAUGGCUUUUGUAAAUUUGAUACAAAUUCAUGGCCAUGGUAUGAUGAUGGAUCCGGUUAACAGAAGUAGCGCUUGGAAAAAACAUUUUCCUGUUCCCCCUAAUUUCAACGACAAUGAACUCUUCUGUGGUGGCUUUGCGACUCAAUACGAAAAAAACAAUGGUAAUUGCGGCGAAUGUGGUGACGAUUGGUCUUUGCCACGACCUAGACCUAACGAAAAUGGAGGUAUUUAUGGAACUGGACUCAUUGUCAAAAAAUACACAGAGGGUUUUCAUAUUCAGAUUCAAAUCAAUCUGACCGCCUCUCACCUAGGACAUUUCGAAUUCUCUAUUUGUCCUCUAAGCAAUCCGAAGGAACUCGAAACUGACGAAUGCUUUGCGAAAUAUCCAGUACAAUUGGCCGACGGUUCGUACAAGUAUAAUAUCGAAAGAUACCAAGCUGAGGUUCAUUUGAUCGAAGCAAUACUUCCCCAAGGACUUAUCUGUGAGCACUGCGUUCUUAGAUGGCAUUACAGAACUGCAAAUAGUUGGGGUAUUUGUGAAGAUGGUUCAGCAACUAUUGGCUGUGGUAAUCAAGAAAUUUUCAGAAGUUGUUCUGACAUUGCUAUUACCAAGUAAAAUCUAUUUCUUUCUUUUCGAGUUGUCCUAAAUCUUUCAAACAUCACAAAUGAGAGAAAAAUUAUAUCUGACGAACAUUAUUUACGAAGUUAUUCGCGUAAAUUAUUGUUAUAACUCAGAGGUAUCAAAUAAAAUCCCUAGUGAGACAUUUAAUUGAUUCGACGGUUUUCUUAAGAAAAAGUAAAUAAAUUUAUGUAAAUUUUAUUAUAACAAUUGGAAUGUCGAGAGACAAAUGUGACGUUAAAAGACUCGUAGUUCUUAUUCAAGAACUAAUUUAAAUUCAGUGAUCGUAGGCGCGAGGCCUCGGACGUGUGCGUACCUUCGACGUUCGUCAUAGGAAAAUCGAUGCUAGAACUCGAUGAUUCAACUAAGACAUAUAAUUUCGUAAAGUCUUGAGUAAGAUUCUAUCGAAAGCGAAGUGCGAACAUUCACUCAAUUUGGUGGACCAUAAAAUUAUAUUCUUAGAUACUAGACUGACCUCUCGGCAACAUCGUGAUAUAAAAUUAAGUGCACAACCAAGGAGAUUAUUACGCUCACGCGUUUAUACUGCUUGCUAGCCUAACAGUGAAGUUAGAAAACCCACUUGCUUUUCCUCGCGAAUAAACUCUCCUUCCAAACUUAAAGACAGCCUCGACCGUUCUCGAUUGAUCUACCGGGUGUUUCCAACACGUCAUACCAACUAGGAUUCAUUUAAAUAAACAAAAAAAAUAAGAUAUAUAA